CCAGUUAUGCAACAUGCUCGCGUUAAUUUUACACAUUUUACUAAUUACCUAUUAAUGUAAUUGCCGUCGUUAGCAUACCAAUUAUUCUUCGUCUUGAGUUCUAUAUUCUUAGGGUUUUAUUUGUUCAAAAUGUGUCAAAGAAGGUGGUUCAGUUGUGUUCUGGCGUUGUGUCUGCUGGCCAACGCGUUUUGUGUUCCCGCCACUCUGCCGCGGCUGAGACGACAGUCGGUGGAUGAUGAGAAGAGCGAUAACUCUACAAACCAAAUAACCAAUGAUGACGACGAGAUGGAUGACGACUUCGACGAGCCCGAGUCAGCCAGCGGCGGCGGCGGUGGAGGCAGCAACCUAUUCAGUUUGUUGAACAUCGCGACCAGCUUACUGCCUGCAGCUUCGAGCAGCAGCAGCAAAAUCCUAAAGAAGUUAAUAGAACUCGCUAUUUUGCUGAACAAACCGAAAGUAAUUAUAAAGAGGAGUCUACCGAAUGACGUGGACUUUAACUCUAUCGAUGUGCUGACGCCACCGUUUCUUCAGAAACAGGAAAAAGACAGUGAAUCUAACAGCAGUAACUCUGAGAACAAUAAUUCUGAGAACAGCAAUUCUGAGCAGAGCGAUGAGGAUAAUGCUGCGGAAGAGAGCAUAGAGAAUAAGGACGCUUCGACAGAAAAUUCCGAUUCAAAUGGCAAUGAUAUUGAAGAUGAUUCUGAUUAUGAUUCUGACGAGCCCCCAGGUGGGGGCGACGGUCAAGGCGGCGGUAUAUUAGGACUCCUAGCUGGACUUAGUGGUGGUGAGGAUGGUCAGUCUGAUUUGGGAUCACUGCUGGCCACUGUGAGUGGAAUUAUUGCUAACCUCAGUGGAGAUGGCAUCGAUCUGAACAGUCUAAUCGCCUCGGGCAUAGGUCUAUUCGUGGGAUUAUUGUCUGAGGGCGAAGAGAACCCUGGCACAGUCAUUGCAAGUUACCUUUUGACGUCCUUGGACACCAUCACAGGAGGAGGCGCUAAAAACAAUGGCGCUUUCUUCGGAAAAUUCUUAUCAAAACUAGUAAAAGGAACUAGUGCGGGGGGAGACCCCGAUGCAAGUUCGGAAGAGAACGGGGAAGCUAUGAAAGACUCCGCAGGAUUCCUGCUCAGUUUCCUGAUGGGUCUGUCUGGAGACAUGUCCAAGGGCAGCUCUGGCCCACACCCGUGGGGCAGCCAACAGCCGGCGGAGGGGUCGUCGCCGCUGUGGACGCUCAAGUUGGACGUCCUGCGCGCGCUGUUCCAGUUCGCCACCUCCGUGCUCGGCCUGUCUUCGUCACAGGCCUCCAGCAUGGGAUAG